UCCGGGAUUGUUCGUUGGAUAUUGGGUGCAAUGUGGAUCCUGCAUAAGCCACGGUUCAGCACUAUACUAGAUGUGGAUAUAAAUGUGACGUUGGGGAUAUUAAUUUGCGCAUCUAUUCGGAAGAUGGCGCUGAAACUUUUAUAGUCAAAAUCAUAUAACACUCUUAUGAAAGUUUCCUUUCUGUCUCACUUUGUUUAGCAUUGUUUGAUUCAUCUCUUGCUGAAAACCGGCAAUUUCCACCCGGGCCAUUUUGCAGGAAGAAAGGAAACCGGCAAUUUCUAUAUAUAAAUGUUUAUAUCUGUGCCUUCAGUCAACGUACCUAAAUAUGAAUUACUCGUACCGUCCGAUGAUGUUUACCACACACCAUGUGGACACAUUUUUCAUUUCCAGUGUUUACAGAAAUGGUUUGAAAGGUCAAACACUUGCCCGCAAUGUCGUGAAAGAACAACUCCAAAACAUAUACACAGAAUAUAUUUUAAUUUCUCGAACGAUGAUUCCAUUGUAAUGGAUAAUACAGUUUUGCAGAGUACAAUUGAUUCUCUAAGAUUCCAGCUAACUCUAGGAAAAGAAGAAACCAAGAACCUCAGAGAAUGCAAAGAGAAAUUGGAGUUGAAAAUAGUGCCACUUGAACAGCAAAUUAAACUCUUUGAAAAAAAGUUGAAGGAUAAAAAUAGUACAAUUGCUGCACUUAAAGAACAACUUCAGUAUUUUAAACUGCAAUGUGCAGAUGUGGCAGAGAAAGAUCAUGAAAUCAAAACGUUAAACAAGGAACUAGAAAAAUUGCAGAGUGUGCAAACCUUGAUAAAUGCUUCUGCAGAUGAAGUAGACGAUAUGAUGAAAUCAAAUCGCUCUGACCCUUCCACACUACGGACAUAUAUAUCGGUAUUAAAAAGAGAACUCGAUAAUAGUAUAAUUCAGAAAAAACAACUAAGGGAUAAAUUAGCAGCGAAAAAGAAGGAAUCUGUAGAAUUGUCACAAGUUCGAAAUAAGAUGAGGCAAUUGAAAGAAAUGUUAGAGUAUCAUGAAGAAGAGGCAGCAAGCAUGCAAACUAAACUUCUUGAGAUACAAACUGCAGCAAGUAACUGUAAAUGCAAAAUAGCUGCAGAGAUUAAACAGUGUCCAGAAGAAAGUGACAAGGAGCAGGAAGAAGUACUUGACUUAGUGGCGACAAAACAUACAACAAAUUCUUGUAAUAGUAUAAUUUUGAAGGAUAAAGAAGAUAGUGAUUGUAUCGUGAUUAUAAAUAACGCGGAAAAUACUCCACAGAAUAUAAAAUCGCAAGGCUUCUUCUCGAUGACGAAUCGUAAUAUAAAAAGGAUUAAUAAUAACACAACAGUACCUUCGAUACUUACGAAAAAAUUGAAAUUUAAUGAAUCAAGUUCUCAGAAAACUAGUAACAGUGGCAUGACUUUCGACGGCUUUGGUGGACAUGCCAAAUAUGAUAAAUUCCCUAAGCCGGUUCAAGGUUUACACUUAAAAACGUCCAGAGAUAAAUUCGUUGAAUUUUCAGCAGCGCCUCAAAUUAUACCGAGAACAAUGGUUCAGAUCAAAUUUGGAUUAAGGAAAAUAAUGGAUGGCAUUGUUGAUGCAGUGUAUUCUUUAGCGAAUGUACUCCAGAAAGAAGUAUCCACUGACCUUUUCGGCUAUGUCUCGUACUCGUUUUGGGUUGCUAUGUUCCUGUUCCUGUUCGUGCUCAUCUAUGUUUGUUACUCUCUGUACUGUUUCCAUCAGAUCGUCAAGAGAAAUAUGAUUGUCACCAUCGAAAUCUGAAAAUGAAGACAUCAAUGUGGCUAUUGCUUGCGCUUUCAUAUACUUGAAGCAGUUCGCGUUGUAUGUGUUUGUACAAUCAACGAAUUAGUUUUAUGUCAUGAAGCAUAUCAUGGAAAAAUUAAAGGAAGGACGAAGUGACAUUAUUGUAAAGAACGAUAAAUAAUUGAGACAAUAUAUAUAACAGAAAAUAUGAUAAUUAUUGUCAGCAAGAAUCAGUUAUUUUAAAAUCGGAAUUUUUUAAAUAUAUUUGAAAUAAUUUCA